UAUUCGACAUGGACAUUCGUCUGCCGGCAUUCAGGCAGACUAGGCGGCAGCUUGUUAGGUUACUUUACAUAAUAAUUUAUAAACAUUCUGUUCUGUAACUAUGGCGUAUAUAGUAGAUUUGAGAUCCGAUACUGUGACAAAACCUACUGAGGCCAUGAAACAUGCGAUGGUUAAUUCAGCCUUGGGUGACGAUGUUUACGGUGAAGACCCUACAGUGAAUGCUUUGGAAAGCAAGUUAGCAGCAAUGCUGGGGAAGCAGGCGGCCUUGUUCGUGCCUUCUGGCACCAUGGCUAAUCUCAUAGCAAUAAUGGUACAUUGCAACAAGCGCGGAUCCGAAGCAUUCGUAGGAAACCUCUCGCAUAUCUACAAAUAUGAACAAGGUGGUGCAGCACAAGUGGCCGGGGUGCUCCUCUCCACCAUCGCCAACAAGCCUGACGGGACCUUCGACCUGGCGGAGUUAGAGAGCCGGUUCCGAGGCACUGACGUCCACGAACCUAUCACCUCGUUAGUUGCUGUCGAGAAUACGCAUAACGUUUGCGGUGGUAAGGCGCCGAGAGCUCACGACCCCCUCACCUCUCUCGUGGCGGUGGAGAACACCCACAACGUAUGUGGGGGCAAGGUGCUCCCCCUCAAAUUCCUCGACGAUCUAUCAGUGAUCUGCAAACGCCACAACCUACCUCUCCACAUGGACGGCGCGAGGCUGUUCAACGCCUGUGAAUACCUGAAGGUGGAACCCAGCAGGGUCGUGCGGGACUGCGACAGCGUGUCUGUAUGCUUUAGUAAGGGACUCUCGGCCCCUGUGGGGUCUGCUAUCGUCGGGUCUUACCAUUUUAUUGAUCAGGCGCGUCGUAUGCGCAAGUUGCUGGGCGGGGGCAUGCGGCAGGCGGGGGUGCUGGCUGCGGCAGCUAUCGUGGCGCUGGAUGAAGUAGUGCCCAAGCUCAAGCUAGACCAUAAGCGGGCUAAUAUUAUGGCUAAAGUAAUCGAAGGCCUAUUCCUGAAGACGUUCACAAUAGACGUGGAGGGCCAGCACAGCAACAUCAUCCUCGUGAGGAUACCGGAGCACAGCUCCAUGACCGCCGAGAAGGUGGUCGCGAGGCUCGCUCAGGUCUGCCUGGCCGAGACACAGGGUGACUGCAAAACGCCAAACGACGAGGGUGUAAUUCUGAAAGCGAUAUAUUUCAAUAGCAAGACGAUUCGGUUCACAAUCCACCAUGACAUCACAGACGAGGACCUAUGGCUGGCCAUCAUGAAGAUCACAUAUGUGUUCAAGGAGUUAGAUGCAGCCGCUACUAAGGCUCACUAAGCUCAGAGAUUUUUUGUUACCUCACUGUUCUAUUAUAUAAAAUCUGUUAUAGUUGCGGAACCGUAGGUGCUAAGUUUUUGCUUAAUCUUAGGUCCUAGGUAGGUAGGUAAUCAAAGUUCGUACUGUUUUUGAAUACAAAAUCAAAAAAAAUAAUGAAUUUAAGCUAUGGACACAAGUAUGUAUGUAGGAAAAAUAUUAAACGUAUAUGAUACGUAAAUAGACAUUUAACUAUUUUUAUAUGAAAGCUCUCUACUGCCAAUAACUAGUGAUGUUACUCGAGCGAACAAACGUGACAUUUCAAAUAUAGGGGAGAUAACAGAUUUUCUUCGAUGACAUGUAUUUAUCUAUAAGAUAUCUCUCAGUUACUAGAUAUGCAAUAUCUAUUACAUUUACAAUUGUUACCUAUGUUAAAAGACGUGUUAAAUAAACUUAUAAUGUUAAAAUAA